AUGUUUGUGAAGAACGAGCUGAAGAAGCUCCAGAGGGGUCUGAGUCCAGAUUACCCAGAAUCCCUAGGGCAUCUGUUUGAGGGUGAGGAUGAAGAGCAGAGGAGCAGCAGAGAGGCGUUUGUGAAGAUCACAGUGAACUUCCUGAGGAGAAUGAAGCAGGAGGAGCUGGCUGAGCGUCUGCAGAGAAGUUCUUUUGCUGCAGUUUGUAAAAAGCGGCUGAAGUCUAAGCUGAAGAAGAAGUGCCGGUGUGUGUUUGAGGGGAUUGUUAAAGCAGGAAACCCAACCCUUCUGAAGCAGAUCUACACAGAGCUCUACAUCACAGAGGGAGGGACUGGAGACGUCAACGAUGAACAUGAAGUCAGACAGAUUGAAGCAGCAUCCAGGAAACCACACAGAGCAGAAACAACCAUCAGACAGGAAGACAUCUUUAAACUCCCACCUGGAAGAGAUGAACCAAUCAGAACAGUGAUGACGAAGGGAGUGGCCGGCAUCGGGAAAACAGUCCUAACACAGAAGUUCACUCUGGACUGGGCUGAAGGCAAAGCCAACCAGGACAUCCAGUUCCUGCUUCCAUUCACCUUCAGAGAGCUGAAUGUGCUGAAAGAGAGAAAGUUCAGCUUGGUGGAACUUGUUCAUCACUUCUUCACUGAAACCAGAGAAAUCUGCAGCUUUGAAGAGUUCCAGCUCUUGUUCAUCUUUGACGGUCUGGAUGAGAGUCGACUUCCUCUGGACUUCCACAACAAUGAGGUCCUGACUGAUGUUACAGAGUCCACCUCAGUGGAUGUGCUGCUGACAAACCUCAUCAGGGGGAACCUGCUUCCUUCUGCUCGUCUCUGGAUCACCACACGACCCGCAGCAGCCAAUCAGAUCCCUCCUGAGUGUGUCUCCAUGGUGACAGAGGUCAGAGGAUUCACUGACCCACAGAAGGAGGACUACUUCAGGAAGAGGUUCAGAGAAGAGAAGCAGACCAACAGGAUCAUCUCCCACAUCAAGACAUCACGAAGCCUCCACAUCAUGUGCCACAUCCCAGUCUUCUGCUGGAUCACUGCUACGGUCCUGGAGAAAGUCCUGGAGACCAGAGAGGGAGGGGAGCUGCCCAAGACCCUGACUGAGAUGUACAUCCACUUCCUGGUGGUCCAGGCCAAACUGAAGAAGAUCAAAUAUGAUGGAGGAGCUGGGACGGAUCCACACUGGAGUCCAGAGAGCAGGAAGAUGAUGGAGUCUCUGGCAAAACUGGCUUUUGAGCAGCUGAAGAAAGGAAACCUAAUCUUCUAUGAAUCAGACCUGAGAGAGUGUGGCAUCGAUGUCAGAGAGGCUUCACUGUACUCAGGAGUGUUCACCCAGAUCUUUAGAGAGGAGAGCACCCUGUACCAGGACCGGGUCUUCUGCUUCAUCCAUCUGAGUGUUCAGGAGUUUCUGGCUGCUCUUCAUGUCCAUCAGACCUUCAUCAAGUCUGGAGUCAACCUGCUGGAGGAACAAAAGAACACCUCCUGGUGGUUUAAAACAAGAGCAGAGACUGACCUCCAUCAGAGUGCUGUGGACAAGGCCUUACAGAGUCCAAAUGGACACCUGGACUUGUUCCUCCGCUUCCUCCUGGGUCUUUCACUGGAGACCAAUCAGACUCUCCUACAAGGUCUGUUGGAACCAAAACAAAGAAGUUCACAGAACAAUCAGGAAAUAGAUAAAUACAUCAAGAAGAAGAUCAGUAAGGAUCUGUCUGCAGAGAAAAGCAUCAACCUGUUCCACUGUCUGAAUGAACUGAACGCUGGUUCUCUGGUGAAGGAGGUCCAAUGGUACCUGAGGUCAGGACGUUUCUCCACAGAUAAACUGUCUCCUGCUCAGUGGUCGGCUCUGGGUUUCAUCUUACUGUCAUCAGAAGAUCUGGAGGUGUUUGACCUGAAGAAAUACUCAGCUUCAGAGGAGGUUCUCCGGAGGCUGCUGCCGGUGGUCAAAGCCUCCAAGAAAGUUGUAUUGAGUGACUGUAACCUCUCAGAGGACAUCUGUGCAGAUCUGUCCUCAGUUCUCAGCUCUCAGUCCUCCAGUCUGACAGAACUGGACCUGAGUAACAACCACCUGCAGGAUUCAGGACUGAAGAAGCUGUGUCCUGGACUGGAGAGUCCACACUGUCACCUGGAGUCUCUCAGGCUGUCAGGCUGUCUGAUCUCAGAGGAAGGCUGUGCUUCUUUGGUCUCAGCUCUGACCUCCAACCCCUCCCACCUGAGAGAUCUGGACCUGAGCUACAACCAUCCAGGAGCGACAGCAGUGAAGCUUUUGUCUGCUGGACUGAAGGAUCCCUGCUGGAGACUGGACACUCUCAGGGUGGAGCCUGCUGGACAACGAUGGUUGACACCAGGUCUGAGGAAGUAUUCCUGUCAACUCACCAUUGACACAAACACAGUCAACAAAAAAAUCCAACUGUCUGACAACAACAGGAAGAUGAUGUAUGUGGAGGUCUAUCAGUCAUAUCCUGAUCAUCCAGACAGGUUUGAUUACUGUUGUCAGCUGCUGUGUAGAGAAGUUCUGACGGGUCGCUGUUACUGGGAGUUCCAGUGGAGAGGAAGAGUUGAGAUAUCAGUGAGUUACAGAAGAAUCAGAAGGAAAGGAUACUGUAGAGACUGUAGGUUUGGAGAGAACGAUCAUUCCUGGAGUCUGGACUGUUCUGAUGAUGGUCGGUACCGUGUCUGGCACAAUAACAGACUAACAUCUUCCUCCUCCUCUUCCUCAGUCUCUGACAGAAUAGCAGUGUAUGUGGACGUUCCUGCUGGAACUCUGUCCUUCUACAGCAUCUCCUCUGACAGACUGAUCUACCUCCACACCGUCAACACCACAUUCACUGAACCUCUCUAUCCUGGGUUCGCAUUCUGUUCUGGUUCUUCAGUGUCUCUGUGUUGAGUUCAGUCUCAAGAGUCUCCUCCUGUCAGAGAAACUGUCUCUGUUGGACUGAUAGUUGAGUCUGUACA